UCGCCGACCUCAGUGUCGAGGACCGAGGGAGAGAGUGAGGAACUUGCUCGUCUUUGUCCUCUCUCGCGAGCAACACGAAGCGUCUUUUGGUCCACCAUGAGGAUUUCUGUGACGACUGAGAAUGAGAUUUACCCCCUGGAGGUGGCUCAGGAUUUGGAGCUGGAGAAUUUCAAAGCCUUGUGUGAGAUGGAGGUAGGAAUUCCAGCUGGAGAAAUGAUGGUUGUUUUCAAUGCACAACCACUCACCGAUGAUAAGAAGACUCUCAAAGACUAUGGUGUAAAAGAUGGAGAACUCAUUAUGGUGAUUCGUGGCACUACACUGCUGAGGCGGGCGGCAGAGCAUAUGCAGCAGCAGCGACAACCACAAGGAGGGCAGAGGCAGCAAAACCAAGGGCCUGUUCCAAUGGAGAUCAGCCAGUUCGACUUCAGCAGAAUUGAGCUCCCCAGGUCACGGCAGACUAGCACCUCCUCUGCAACCUAUAAUGACUCCCAGGGUGGAGGUCAGGGCCAGGGUCAAGAACAGGGCCAAGGUCAAGUAGCAGGUCAGGAAGGUGUGGAGGAGAACCUGGGUGAUGAUGGGGACUUGGGCCUGGGCGCCGCAGGAAGUGGCCAGGAUGACCCAGCCGUCAUCCGCGAUAUGCUGCUGGCCAACCCUGAGCAGCUGGCCCUCCUGCGCCAUAAUAAUCCCAGGCUUGCAGAAGCUCUCACAAGUGGAGACUUAGACAAGUUUGCUUCUGUGCUCCGUGAACAACAAGAGAUGCGAAGAGAUCGUGAAAGACAGAGAAUUCGAUUGCUUACUGCAGAUCCAUUUGAUAUGGAAGCUCAGAGGCUCAUUGCAAAUGAAAUUCAGCAAGAGAACAUCAAUGCCAACAUGGAAGCAGCAAUGGAGUAUAACCCAGAGAGCUUUGGCACCGUUCAUAUGCUCUACAUCAACUGCAAGGUUAAUGGGCAUGAUGUGAAGGCUUUCAUUGACUCAGGUGCACAAACCACUAUCAUGUCUCAGGCAUGUGCAGAGAGAUGCAACAUAAUGAGGUUGGUGGACACCAGAUGGGCUGGCAUAGCAAAAGGUGUUGGAACUCAGAAGAUUAUUGGCCGUGUCCACAUGGGCCAGAUACAGAUAGAAAAUGACUUCCUUGCAUCCUCAUUUAGUAUACUGGAAGAACAGCCAAUGGACAUGCUUUUAGGGCUGGAUAUGUUAAAAAGACAUCAGAUGUGCAUUGACUUGAAAAACAAUAAACUGCACAUUGGGACUACGGGCACAGCUACAACCUUCCUAAGUGAAAGUGAACUACCAGACUGUGCCCGUCUGACUUCUCUUUCGGAGGAGGAGGCUCGUCGCCAAUCAGAAAAGGCAGCCAAAGAGUCAGAGGACCGUGCAUUGGCCGAAGCUCUGGCCGCUAGUUCCAAGGAAGGUAACUCAGGUGGCGCAAGUGGUUCUUCUGCAUCUGGGGCUACACAACAUGCAGCAGAGCAACAGCAGUCUUCCAGCCCCCCCAGUGAUGCAGCAGCCCCUGCCACAGCCCCUGCUGCAGCCCCUGCCGCAGUUCCAGAAGCUACAGCUCAACAAGACAACUUCUCCGAGUCAGAUAUUCAAGAAAUUAUGCAAAUUGGGUUCACUAGAGUUCAGGCAGUUGAAGAACUUAGACGACAAAAUGGGAAUAAGACCCAAGCAAUAGCUGCACUUUUUGCAAAGUCAUUCAAAAUGUAGUUCCUUAUUUUUUUUAGAUAUGAGUUACAUGUUUAGCAAUACUAUUUCAAAAGUUAUGGUUCUUAUUUUGCAAUAUAUUAUAGAUGGUCAAUAUUUCUGGUAAGGGUUUAGAGUUUCUUGGAUAUUGUGAAGUGAAUAUAGACAUGGCUCGUAUUGAGCCUUUUAUCAAAUGUGUAAUAUGUUUGAAGACUGAGGUUGACUUCGUGUAUAGGGAGGUUAAUGCUAGACAAGGAAACCGUCAUUAAUGGUUUGCUUUUAUACCUUAAGAUUGGUCAGGUCGAAGGGGCCUUUCUGAGUGAGCUUGGACUGCAUUAUCUCACCUUUCUGUCGUUCGAUUAUUGUGGAUAUCAGUCGGCCGGGAUAGAAUUAUGUACCUAACUUAUUUCUUUAUACUGUUUUAGUCAUUUGCAUACUUUGUUACCAUGGCUGGUUUUUACAGUGUAUCAAAAUGCUGAAUGAAAAAUUGCAUUUAUGUGCAUUCUGUAGUUAGUCUUUGUUUCUGGUUUUAGAGACCUAAUGGAUGUUCCGCAGAGAUAAGGUGUGUCCUUUGUUUGGCUUCGUUGAAGUAAUUGUUCUAAAUGCCUGAUUAUGAGAACAACAUAUCAGAGGUUGCAUUUAAAGUAGGGUUUCUUUAGAACAAGGAGAUUUGUGGUUUUCUCUUUUUUCCCCGAAAUUUGAUCAGAUACAUUUGUGUUGAACGGAGAGAUACAGAUGUGACUCAGCUUGGCUUUAAUCAGGAAAAGUUGUCAGAUGAAGUACAAGAGACAUAGAAAUUCCAGUGCUAUGUUUGUUACAGGUGACUCAGUCGUGAGGUGCAAGACUUUUAAGAAUCAUACAUGCUCUAAUUUUG